AUGGCUACUGCAGCACCAUCACCGCUGGCCAGUUCUGUGGAGAAGACAAAUGGAGCCAAGCUCAGCAGGCUUCUCAUCGACGGUGGAACAACAGUUCUUAGGAAGAUUUUUGAUGGUCAUCAUCCUCCUGCAAACUUGAUUAUUGACUUAAAUGCUAAUUACCCCAUCCUUAACAAUCUCUUUCGUCGUCGAGUUCUAAAUGGUCAUCAGUGGGACAAACUAUUUCCACCUGGUGGAGUCCCUCCAGACUCCAACAUCUUUGACAUCACUCUUUUGUUUCUCCUUCUGACUAAGAUUUGUAGACUAACCCCUCCCACCUCAGGAUGGCAUACUAAAUCACCCUCAAGUGACACGUCUCAUGAGGCUAACCUUGCACGGGUUAAGUUCUAUCGCAAUGUCUUGUAUGGUCAUGUGACUACCACUGGUGUUGAUACAACAACUUUCUCUGCUCUGUGGACUGAAAUUAGUGGUGUUCUUGUGAGUCUUGGCCUUGAUCAGGCGGAAGUUGAUAGGCUGAAGGCAGAGAAAGGUGGAGAGCAAGAUUAUAUUGACGUGUUGAUUGAGUGGGCUGAUAGUGAAGAGGAUAUCAAGACACAGUUGAAGAACAUACAUCAGUCUCAAAGCCAAACGCAUCAAUCAGUUCAAGAUGUACGUCUAGCACAAGAGAAGACUCAAGAGACAGUGAAAGAAAUACGUCAGAGCCAGGACAGGACACAAAAGAGAGUAGAAGACAUACAUCAGACCCAGGCCAAGACUCAAAAAAGAGUAGAAGACAUGCAUCACAUACAUACCCAAACUCAACGGCGCGUAAAAGAAGUGAAUCAGAACGUGAGAGAAGUUGUAACAGGUCUUAAGGAAAUAAAGGAAGCAGUUUAUAGUUUAAAAGAAGAAAAAGACAAAGAUAGCUCAGACGAGGUCCUUAGAAAUCUCACCAAGUCUGAAUUCAGUGGAGACAUUGAAUAUUAUGUGCAGAGAUUUCAAGAAGGCACCCGUGAGUGGGUCUUUGACAGAGUUCAGAAGUGGCUGGAUGACAGAAGCUCUCAAAACCGUGUGAUGGUGAUCAGUGGAAAUGCAGGAAUGGGAAAAUCUGUCAUCGCAGCUGUGAUUUGCAAGAGAAUGCUAAGGUUGGUAGGCUGUCAGGAAGCCAUUUUUGUCAGUAUAACAAUGUACGCUACUGUAAGCCUCAGUUAA